UGUGCAAUUAAGAUUGUGUGAGCUCUCAUGCCACCAAGGGAUCGGCAAAGAAAUUAAACAACAUACAACAAGUACAACAACUUUAUCAUCACAAAAAAAAACAACACUUAUUAUCAUUAUCUACUAAUCGACAUAAAACUCAAGUCAAAAAUAUCGCAACAUUGUAGACUACCACGAAAUCUCGCUUUAUUUGCAAAUGUUUAACAUUUGCCUAAAAUUUAAGUUGCAAAACUUUGCCCCGUCAUGAGCAUUGAUGCUACAGCGUCUCAUGAUGCCGCCGAAACUUCCACACACACCGAAGAUCCAGUCUCGUCGAGCUGUGAGAUCACAGAGGCCGAUACGACCAGCUUUGAAAUCGAUGAGAGUGAGGAUGAGGCUACCAUUACCGAUAUGCUGGUCGAUGAUGUGGCCACCGCCCCUUCGCCGCUGAUGAUCGUAGCCAUGCCCGGCAGUACUUUAGGCAAAAGCAAGAGGAGGAGUAUGAUUAGCAGAAGCAGCAGCAGUAGCAGCAGCAACAGCAGUGACAGCCUCAGCUAUAGCAGCACCUACAGCAUUGGAAAUCUACCUAGAGAUGAUAAUGCAAAUUUGGCAAACGAUCACAAUAAGAAUGAAUUUACUGCAAUUGCAACUGUUAAUACAGCUAGCCUUCUAACUAACACUACCAACACUGCAGAGCAGACGGCGGUUGAUGUGGAACAUCAUCAACAGCAGCAGCAGCAGCAGCAGCAGCAGCAACACCAACAACAGUGCCAUCAAUGGCAGCUUACUAAUAGCACACCGCCUGCUUUUGCUAGGGAAGACACAGACAAUAGUGGUUCGAAAGGGUCUACUGCAUCGCACACCACAUCGUCGACGCCAACAACGGCUGAUGUGGCCAAUGUAAUGACAGAUUUUUCAUAUCCGUUUGCUAAUCUAUCCAAAAUGAAAGCUAUGAACAGCACCACCUUGCCCGUUGCACAAGCGCAAUUAAAAUUGAUCGCCAUAUCGGCUGCUUCUGCACAAACGCAACAACAACAGCUUUUUAUAGAUCCAAACAAUGCAACUUCCAUAUCUGAGGAUAAUAUUUCGUUUUCCAUCGCCACUGCAACUACGACCACUAUAAAUGACUUAGACGCAGACAAUAUAAGCACAACUAUUCCAGAUGUGCAGCAGCAGGUGCUGGCUAAACGUGCCAUCCUCAAUCAGGUUACUAAAUUAAGUCACAAAAGGCCAAUAAAAGGUGCCGAAAGUGAUGAUGCGACAUGUUCGGCAUAUGCAAUGGGUACGAGUGGUAAUGACAUGCCGCUACCGUCGGUGCUUACUGUGAAUACGGAAUGGCGUUUGUUAAAUUGGACACGCUGGCUUUGCUUGCAUUUCAAGAGUUCCGGCAUCGGCGAGCCGAGUGUAUAUCACGCCUUGGUUGUAAUAUUUUUAGAAUUCUUCGCGUGGGGUCUCUUAACAAUGCCAGUAAUAGCGACGCUAAAUCAAACAUUUCCCGAUCACACAUUUCUCAUGAACGGACUUGUAAUGGGCAUUAAAGGCAUACUGUCCUUCUUGAGCGCACCCCUAGUCGGUGCGCUCUCCGAUAUUUGGGGACGAAAAUUUUUCCUACUCAUCACAGUAUUUUUCACAUGUGCACCUAUACCGCUAAUGGCCAUCAAUUCAUGGUGGUUUUUUGCAAUGAUCUCCAUAAGUGGUGCACUAGCAGUUACAUUCUCAGUGGUAUUUGCUUACGUGGCUGAUGUCACUACAGUCGAGGAGAGGUCGCGUGCUUAUGGCUUAGUUUCGGCUACAUUUGCAGCCAGUCUGGUGAUUUCACCCGCACUCGGUGCUUUGCUAAUGGAAACGUAUGGUGAUACAUUAGUUGCUGCGCUUGCGACCGCCAUCGCGGUUCUUGACGUUUUCUUCAUAUUAGUUGCCGUGCCCGAAAGCUUGCCUGAAAAAAUACGUCCUUCUUCGUGGGGUGCGCCCAUUAGUUGGGAACAGGCUGAUCCCUUCUCUGCGCUGCGCAAGGUGGGCUCCGAUCAGACCAUACUAAUGCAAUGUGUCGCUGUGCUUUUGUCAUAUCUGCCUGAGGCGGGACAAUAUUCAUGUAUAUUUGUAUAUCUAAAAUUGAAAAUGGGCUUCAAUUCAAUGGAAGUGGCAGUUUUCAUAGCAGUUGUUGGUACGCUUAGCAUAUCCGUUCAAGUGACAUUGGGCUAUUUGAUGCGGGUAUUUGGUGCAAAAAAUACUAUUAUUUUAGGAUUAGUAUUAGAAAUGUUACAAUUAUUGUGGUACGGUUUAGGCAGUAAGUCAUGGAUGAUGUGGGCAGCUGGCAUAUUGGCCGCACUUGGAUCGAUAACUUAUCCAGCGAUAAGCGCUUUUGUUUCAAUUCAUUCACACCCCGACAGGCAGGGUGCCGUUCAAGGCAUGGUAACUGGUAUGCGCGGUCUGUGCAAUGGUUUGGGACCAGCUUUAUUUGGUGUGAUUUUCUACUUAUUCAAUGUGGAUUUGAAUGACGAUUUGUUGGGAAAAAAUCCUGAUAGCCCCGUACAAAAGGAAAGUAAUAAAUACACAGAAUUGAUACCAGGUCCACCAUUUGCUAUUGGCGCACUCAUGGUAAUACUGGCGAUUGUGGUUGCAAUCUACAUUCCAGAUAAACAUAACGAUAUAAAUAUUAGUCGAACUGCAAGUGAAAAAAAGCGUGCCUCUGUGGAUGUGCAGUAUGAAAUUGAAUGUGGCAACAAAUCGACGAGUCCACUAGCACCAUUAAUGCGAUCAGACUCAAUGGCACAACUGUAGUUUUUAGUAAAUUAAGAAAAACCAAAAAAAAGGACCCUUCUGUUUUCGUAUUUUUUGAGAGAUGAAUUUGUGAAAUGCAACGCAAAUAGAACGCAUUAUGAAAAAAGAUUAAAACUUAAAAAAUAAGUGCUGACUUUUUAUUUUUUAGUUGCUAAAUUUUAAGCUAAUAACACAAUGAAUUCCUGUAAUGAAGUUAUUUAUAAUUUUAACUUUAAUUUAAAAAAGAGCAAAUGUAUUUUUAAUGCAUGUAUGCAUGUUCGUUCUGUAUGUAUGUGUGUGCUGUAUAUAAAAAAAAAAGAAAUAAUAAUGUAGAAUAUUAAAAGGAGCUCUGAGCUUUGCUUGUGGUUUUGUUUUUAAAACCCCAUCUUGAUUAAAGAAUUUGUAAAGAAAUUAUUAUGCAAUGUCCACAAAAUAACAUAAGAUAUUUUGUUAUUAGGAAUAUACCUUCAACAUCAACAGAUAAAUAAUAAUUUGAUUUAGUCUUUUUUCACUGUAGGUGGCUACUCCACUAAGUUCAAAUGUAUAUUUUAAUAACGAAGAGUUGAAAUACUAUUUUUGUGAAUCCUUAAACUUAGCGUUGUAAUUGAUUGAAAAUAAAGAAAAAGCGAGUGCGAUAAAACAGGUGCAUUUCUUAAAUGUUAUCCUUUUAACAUGAA